CGUGAAGCGGCGUAGAAGCACCGCUGGCACCCGUACCGCCGCUGCCAUUAGGUAUCUCACCUGCUGCGUCCCGUGGCACCAACGUCUCUGGCAUAGCAGUGCCGCCCUCCCCAAAUCGUCCUGACAUCGAGCUGUGCCCGAGAAGCCGUGGAAGCCGGGGAUGCAGUGGUUGUCUGCGGAUAUCUUCCAGCAAGACAGCUGCAACCCGCGACCCAGAAGCUCUUUUUCCAGCAAACAACAUGUCCAACUCCGAGGGCGUUUCUCGAAGCAGGGGCCUACCAGUGGUAAGAAGCGAUGUCGCGCUGGGAGCUACGGCCAGAGUGGCCUGCUAGUUGCAUUGGCGUUUAUUCACUGUUGCCACUUGUGCCAUGCAGCGCACAUAUCGCUUAUAGACAAGGAAGUUACUCAGGCUAUCGAUUCGAAGGUAGGUUCAGCACGAGUGUUGAAGAUAUUGCGAUUUCCAUUAUUCUUCGUCCGCUGCACACCAAGGUCUCCAGGCAAAACACAGUGCGAUCGUCAAAUGGACAAACAUGGACAGUAGACCUCACUCAUCCCCUUAGCAGCAACACAGCACAGCACAAUGAGUAAUAUCUUGUGUAUUCGCUCAUCCUCCUCCACCUCUACUCUACCUACUCUACAGCCACAUCCAUAUGAUUCAUCUUACCUUUGCAUGUCAACAAGCUGUUCAAACACUUGACGCUGCGUGUACAGUAUAUGCAAAGCUUCCAACCAAAUGCUGAUCCAGAUGCUCU